UCGGCUUUGACGUCAUCGCGCGCUCCCUCCGGUUGCUAGGGUAACCCGUCUCCCGCACCCCCAUCCACCCACCCACCCCUUCUCCAUCCGUACGCUGGUAGGAUCGGUAAUGGUACAGGCAGCAUCCUGCAGCACAAUGUGGUCUUUAAAUCCGUCGCGUACCGGGAUGUUUUGAACAGGACUGGACUGUCACCGGACCGGGAUCGUCGGACGGGCAGCUGGCACGGAAUGGUAUUUAUGAACAGACGUUUCUUAUAUAACUGCAGUGCUCCAGUCCUGGAUGUGAAGAUUGCCUUUUGUCAGGUGUGUGUUCCAUACAGGUAAAUUAAAAGGGUUUUGGCAAACAAGUUGAUGUUUCUUACAUUGCCCAGCAUUACAACAUGAGCAAAAGCAAAGUGGACAACCAGUUCUACAGCGUGGAAGUAGGAGAUUCCACCUUCACGGUUCUCAAACGCUACCAAAAUCUAAAGCCCAUCGGUUCCGGGGCUCAGGGAAUAGUGUGUGCUGGAUAUGACGCCGUCCUGGACAGAAAUGUGGCCAUUAAGAAACUCAGCAGACCUUUUCAGAACCAGACUCACGCCAAGAGAGCAUACAGGGAGCUGGUGCUUAUGAAAUGUGUCAAUCACAAAAACAUCAUCAGCUUAUUAAAUGUCUUCACACCACAGAAGUCUUUAGAGGAAUUCCAAGAUGUUUACCUGGUCAUGGAGCUGAUGGAUGCAAACCUUUGCCAGGUGAUUCAGAUGGAACUGGACCACGAGAGGAUGUCCUACCUGCUGUACCAGAUGUUAUGUGGAAUCAAACACCUGCACUCAGCCGGCAUCAUCCACAGGGAUCUGAAACCUAGCAAUAUUGUGGUGAAAUCCGACUGCACGCUGAAGAUCUUGGACUUUGGGUUGGCGAGAACCGCUGGCACUAGCUUUAUGAUGACGCCCUACGUGGUGACGCGGUACUACAGGGCUCCAGAGGUCAUCCUGGGCAUGGGCUACAAGGAGAACGUGGAUAUUUGGUCAGUUGGUUGCAUCAUGGGAGAAAUGGUGCGCCACAAAAUCCUAUUCCCCGGCAGGGAUUACAUCGACCAAUGGAAUAAGGUUAUAGAGCAGCUCGGCACGCCCUCUCCUGAGUUCAUGAAGAAACUGCAGCCGACGGUGCGUAACUAUGUGGAGAACAGGCCAAAAUACGCCGGCCUGACCUUCCCCAAACUCUUCCCUGAUUGCCUCUUCCCUGCAGACUCGGAGCACAACAAACUCAAAGCUAGUCAGGCCAGAGACCUGCUGUCUAAGAUGCUGAUCAUCGAUCCUGCAAAGCGGAUAUCAGUGGACGAGGCCCUGCAGCACCCCUACAUCAACGUGUGGUACGACCCGGCCGAGGUGGAGGCAGCCAGGAAUCAGCAGAUAUCUAUGCCUCCUCCACAGAUCUAUGAUAAACAGCUAGAUGAGAGGGAACACUCGAUUGAUGAAUGGAAAGAGCUCAUCUAUAAAGAGGUGAUGAACUUCGAGGAGAGAACAAAGAAUGGUGUGGUGAAGGGACAGCCCUCUCCCUCAGGUGCAGCCAUGAACAGCAGCGAGAGCCUCCCCCCCUCCUCCUCCGUCAACGACAUCUCCUCCAUGUCCACCGACCAGACCCUGGCCUCCGAUACCGACAGCAGCCUGGAGACCUCCGCCGGACCGCUGGGGUGCUGCAGGUGACUAACCGCCUGCCUGCGCAACCCCAUGUUCUUCAGAAGGUGAACGGCACCCGCCAACCCCAACCGGAAAUCCACAAACCUCGAAAACAUGUAAUUAAAGAAAAAAAAAAAAAAAAAAAAAGAGUAAAUAUAUACGUAUAAAAUAAUGUAUCACGCGUAAAUGACGACAAAGUAUGCAUUUUCAUUCAAAGAAACGUCUGGAUAUGUAUAUUUAUGAAUCUUUCACUAGUUGCUUUGCUUUGAAACCCCCUCAUAUGGCAUCCAAAAAAAUAAAUAAAUAAAUAAAAUAAGGAGACUUUCGAAAAAGAAGAAAAAAAAAAAUCGGGCAUCUAUGUAAAGUGUACAUUGACUGGCUGAUAUCUAAAACCUUGCGAUUUCUGUGCUUCACUCGAUGUGGCAGGGUGGGCUUUUUUGGGGGUUUUUAACGAGCACCGAUCAACCCUUGUUUUCUGUGAUGGUUUUCUGCUCGCUCCGGAUGUUUUCGGACGGGCCGGUGUGUCUGUGUGCGAUAAAAAUAACAUGUACAAUGGCGCCCCCUAUCUUUUGUAUAUAUGUAAUUGUGUACAGGCGUUCUCAGAGUGGGACUGACGGCCAGUAGAGGGAGCAUCUGCGCACCUUGCCACAUCACAGCUAACCACCCGUUUCCCUUUGCCUGUAGUCUUGCAUGGUCAGAGAUAAAAGUAACUAAGCUAAUUAUACAUAUACCAAUAUAGAGAACCGUGUUUAUAUAACAUUUAAGGGGCGAUCGUGGGCGUUUCUGUCGCUCAGGCAGGAAGCGAGGCUGCUUCACGGGAAGCCAUUGGGGGGUACAAGCACCUUCGCUCUCAUUUUCCGCCUUUGUGUUUGUGAAACUCCGACUCUCUGCGGCAGCCUUGCAUGCUGUACCCGUCACCCUCGAAAAGGCGCGCGUAACUAAAACGAAUGCAGGUCGAGAGCACGCACCUCAUCCCCGCGAACCGAAUCCCGUCUCCCAACUCACGUUUUUGCGUUGUCCGAAGGGAAUCGACGCGCUUGCUACCUAAAUUUCAAGCUGGAGUUUAUUUAUUUUUUGUCAGAUCUGGGAAGUGCCUUUGAAAUAAUGCAGUUUCCUCCUCGAAUAUAGUAACGCGACGGCUCUGGCAGAGGUUUUCCAGGUGGUGUCGGAUGUGUCGGGUCCGUGUUUACCCGUUCCCACAAUCCCCUGUUCGUGUAGAUCACCUAGUGUAGCGAUCCUGAAUGUCAUUGUGUGUUAAAAAGAGGCACCCGGGUUCAUAUUUCUACACUGAUCUGUUAUAAGCCCCAGAUCUAAGAAACUGCGGUGGCUCUAAACAGUAUUCGGACACUAGCGCCGCGCUUAAAAAACGUCGAGAAUGAUAAAAAAAUACAGUUCAAAGUGGUGCAGUUCAUCACGUUAAAUCAGAAACAUACCACUCGUGAGCAAUAUAGCUACCGUUUUAUGCCGUGGGUUUUUUCAAAUGUGUCCGAAUACGUUUUAGGGCCGCUGUUGGUUGCAGUGUAACCCCACUCUUCACGUUUAAUUGUUACAUUUUAAAAAAAAAAAAACACAAGUAAUGUAGUCUUUCGAAACACACAUGGCUGAUGUUUUUAGUAUUAGGUAAAGAUUAGCUUCAUUGAAUAAACAUUAUGCAGUACACAGUAAAUUGAACAUAUAAUAUUUAAGUUGUACGGUUUUGUUUUGUACCUGUAUUUGUCCGAUUUGAACCGUGUACUAAACAUUUUAAUAAAGGGAUGAAAUGCACAGGGGUUUUUUUUCGUUUGUUUACGCAGCAGCUCUCAUUUUCUAACUCAUUCUCACCCAGAAUCACCGUUUUUGUAAAGUUCUUUGGUCGUGUUAUUGUUAUAAAUUAUUGUUUUAAAUUCAGUAACACAUUUUUAUGGCACUGCAUGUAUAUACGUUUCCGCUUAAAGUAAUAGUUCGCCCAAAAAUGAAAAUUGCGCAAUAUGUACGCACCCUCGGGUUAUAUCCGAGAUAUACAUGAACUCUGAAACGGAUUUGGAAAAAUUUAGUCCAUCGGUUGCUCAGCAGUGAAUGGGUGCCGUCAGAACGAGAGUCCAAACAGCUGAUGAAACAUCACAGUAAUAUGCAAGUAAUCCACAAAUCUGUCGAUUAACGGUAACUUCUGGCCAAAAUAUGCCCAUAAUAAUGCGCCAUCCGGUGAAAAAGUCCAUCCCUGUUGUCCUCUCGCAUCAAAAUCGUUCACAUUUUUGCUCGCGAAUAGCCUGUGAUCUGUGCAUAUUUCUCUCCUGAUUCGGACAAGAUGAUUUUUCCACUAGAAAAAGCGAUAUCAUGGAUAGACAAUUGAAUUUUUUUUUUGGUGGGAACUGUUUCUUUAAGCACAUGCCGAAAUAUGCCCAGAUUAUGCUUUUCUUUUCAUGUCAGCACUAAUCAAUUUUUUAUUUUUUUGCAUACAUUGCAUCACCUUUUCAUCGUAAACCGACCCCUAUAAGAUAUUCUAGCCUUCCGCUGGACACCGAGAGCCGACAUCGUUCAAGUGCUGCUUUAAGAAAGACGGAAACCUCAGAACCUUGAUAUCAAAAGCCAUUUAAACACCCGCUUUAUUUGCAUGAACGUUAGCCGAAGUUUCCCAGCCUGAUCAGACCUUUUCACCGUAACAAUCAGCGUUUCAUAUCGUCUCCAGAGGACAGAGAGGGGUUCUGGGAGGUCUCCAGUCUCUGCAAACUACUUCAAUAUGGCUGCUGAUGAUUUUACAACAGGGUGGACACGUGCAUACAGUAGCUUUUGUAUUUCAAUUGUUAGAAUUCAAUACUAAUUGUAAAACGUCGCGUUGUGUAUCCGAUUUGUUUCAUUUUAGAAUAGACGGACAAUGUGGUGUGCCAUCUUGCAUUUUCUAAAGGUUUUUUUUUUGGACGAAAGGGCCCUCGUAUUUGUCGGGCGGCACGCAGGGUUAAUUUUCGCGACUCCAUCAUCUCAACCAUCUAAACCAGUUGUUACGAAAUGAAACGUCGACUCGUAACCGUUAAGGUUUCUUUGAAUUUCAGCCCGGGAGCGUGUAUUUCUCCCAACGGUGCUUCAAAUAACAAACGCUGGGAUGGAUUUUGGAACGGCUUCUGAUCGAUGUAGGCGUUUGUACUUUUUCCACAUCGUUAUAAUGCUGCUUCUGAAACCAGCGUCCGUUACAAACCUGCGACUCGACGCAGAACAGCGACGCACGCGGGACGCCACUGCUUUGGCAUUGUGGGUAAAGUACCGUAUCGUAGAGCUCGACUUUGUCUUGUGGAAGUGGGAGUGCGGCGCGCGAGCGGAAAGAACAAUCGGAAAUGAUGUAAUUUAAUGCGCUAUUACGAUGUCAUCACUGAAGCUCAAACCGAUUGGUCAGGAUGGUGGCCUUUACGAAAAAAUUGUAAAAUAGUCCCGCGUUUGGUUUGUUUUUAUUAAAACCGCCCAUUAUCCAGUCUUGUAUGUUGAUGGAUAAAUGCAUGUUCACUAGACGAAACAGUCCAGCGGCUCACAGUAAACACAUCUGUCAUGUUACGUUUGAAACAAAUGUGUAUUUAAUGUUCUGUUUUAGUAUGAAGUACAUGACUCCAUCCAGACGAACCGCACAACAGUGUACUGCUGACGAAUCCAUGUGGAAACACUCAGAGCAAUACAGACCGCAUCAUCAUUACUAUUCACUCCUUCCUACUUUUCCUUUCCUUACUUCUUCAGGCCCUUCAUUUCAUUUUCUUCCUUCACUUACUUUCGUUUCCUUUUCUUCUUCCUCUUAUUUCCUGCUUGUUUCCUUCCUUCCUUCCUUUUUUUCCUCAGUUUCCUUCUUUUACCGUGCUUCUUCCUUCCUCAUCUUCCUUGCUUUUGGUUUAAUUUACUUUAUUCCUUUUCCCACUUUUUUCUCUCUUCCCUUUAUUAUCGCUUCCCUUUUUCGUUUCCUUUUCCUUCUUCCCAGCAGGCACCGAAUGUCUAUUUAAACAACAUCAGACAUUGCUUUUGGUCGAAAGUGAAAACCGCGUUAACUUUGUAUUUUGGUUACAUUACCUAAAAACAACAAAAUAUCAAAAAUUGAUUUCACGUUGAAUUUUGGCUACCCGACAUUGCAACUGAAAUGUAAGUAAAUCUCGAAAUCUCAUGAUGUUGUACGACCGCUGGGUUCCUUCCUUCGUUCCUUCUUUUUUGUUUCCUUUCUACAUGUUUACAUUUCUGCCUUUGUCCUUCCUCCUUAUUUCCUGCCUUGUUUUUUCAGGGUUAUUCGGUGUCAGACACACAGCAGUGCAAUAACGCAACACUUUUAAGUGAAUAAUGAAUAAUGGAUUGUUUUUGUAAUCAUGCAUCGACGCCGUGCGCUAGUUAAUGUGACGAGUCUCAUGGUGAUGUUCAACUCAAUCAACUCUUUAUGGUUUCGUUUGGACAAUGUUUUGCUCUCUCUCUCUCUCUCUCUCUCUCUCUGUCUGUGCUGUCAGUGAGCCGUUCUGUUGAGAGUUUCAGACGGAGGCUGUGGUUCUUUACGCAGUGCCGUUUGACAUCUAAUGCCAUUUUCACACCUCCUGCUCCAGGCUGUUGUUCAAAUCAAAUUAUUCUACAAAUGCAAGAUAAAAUGAGAUGGUUGGGGAAAAAAAUGAAAAUAAAAAUUAAAGAUUUAAACAGCACUAUGGACUGCUGUUAGCACCCGACAUUUUAAAGGUACUGUGUAUGUAAUAUAAAUAUCUGUAUGUGACUCAAAAUAAACUCCUUUGACCUUGAAA